UUUUCCAUUCUUCCUCCCUGAUGUGGAAAAUAGUUGACAAAAGAAGGGUGUGAGUCAGUCACACAUGCUAAUCAAAUUGCUCAGUUUUCUGCAUGUAACUUCCAUUCACAAAGGGGCCGGUGUUCUGUACCAACAGUAGAUGGGAAAAUAACUACUCAGAAUUCUGUGAGAGUUUGCACAUCAAAGCUGUGGAGUUCUACCAAAACACACAUGGUUGCCUUUUCCAAGAGAUGCUCUAUGGCAUCUGAAGUUAAUCACUCAGAGCCACCGUUUCCACAAUUUCCAGGGGCAUAUCCUGGGGCUUCCUUUUCCUCUAGCGGAUUUGCUUUUCAUCCUUCUCAAGCUACUCAAAUGGACUCGAAGGCGGGCAUUGCUGCAGUGCCCAUUCGAUCUGUUCCACCUUUACAUGGACCAACAAAAAACAGAUUUGUAACAAAGCCUGUCAAGAUCAAGAAAAACUGGCCUCCGUCAAAUGAUGCGUGUCCUUCCAAUAAGUCGAGGCCCAAACAGCCAAAAAAGAAGCCUUCAACUACUAAGAAGACUAAGAGACCGCCUAAGAUUGGAGUAAACAUUGAAAGGAAGAAUCCAGAUUUGGUAUAUGAUGAAGCCAAGUUUGACUUUUCACGGGUGCCACCGCCAUUUUGCUCUUGUACUGGAGUUGCUAGAGCAUGCUACAAAUGGGGAUCUGGAAGCUGGCAGUCUUCCUGCUGCAAUACAAACUUAUGUCAGUAUCCUCUGCCAAUGAGUCCUUCAAGGCCAGGUGCUCGUGUGCCUGGAAGGAAAAUGAGCCAUGGAGCAUACACAAAACUUCUUUGCAGAUUUGCAACCGAGGGUCGCGAUCUUUCACAACCAAUCGAUUUGAAGAACCACUGGGCUAAACAUGGAACAAACAAGUUUGUUACAAUCAAGUAAAAAGAUGCAGCUGUUUUGACUGCCAAUCAUGCAUCACCUCUUUUGUAUAGCGGCAAGUUUUCUUUCUAGAUGCUCUUUCAGCUAUAAGUAUCCUAGGUACAUGGCAAUAGACAGUCAUGCUUUGGUUGUGUCAAUGUUCGAAUAUUGCCCUUUAGUUCUGUUUGUUCUUUGCGCUAGUCAUGAUCUGCUAGAUGUCCCUUUUAUGUUGGUCUCUUUU